AUUUGUUUGUUUGAGUGAGUUGGUUGUGCGACUUUAGUUAAUGAUAAGGAAAAUAUUGUAAAAAAAUGUAUAUUUACUCAAUACCGUACGAAAUUAACCGGGAGCUAUGCAGAAUAUUGGACAAUGUUGACGAUUGGAAAGAAUUAGCCGAUCGAAUGGGAUACAAAGCAUUUGAGAUCAAUGAAAUAGAACAGAUAGCACGCAGAAAUUCGAUGUCACCAACUAAUCAACUCUUCACCACUUGGGGUCAGCAAAACCACAAAGUCGGGGAACUGUUCAUUGCCCUGUAUCGCAUGGAACACAUACCAGCCCUCAGAUGUUUAGUACCAAUUGUAGAUGACAAAUUUCACACGCUAUAUAAAAAGCUCUGUCCCGAAGGGAUUAGGGAAAGGAAUACCUCUGUUAUUGAAGAUAAAGCAAACAAAAAGCAAAAAAUACAUUCAGAAGAAUCUUCAAUUCCGCUACCAGUAAAAUUGAUAGAACAGGGUGUUCUUCUGCCAACAUCGAGUAAAGGAUUGAAUGGUACACCCACGGAUGAUGAGUCAGCCGACUUGUCGACCUCAUCGCAAGAGAGCAGAGAGAACGAUAUCAGGGCGGAGAUAAGGAGAAAUGUGGCCGCCAUACCGAUGUUGCCAUACGAUGAACUGAAGGAAGCUACCAAUAACUGGAAUGCUAGCAACAUGCUCGGCCAAGGGGGAUUCGCUCAGGUUUUUAAAGGUGAAUGGAAACAGUUGACUGUAGCGGUGAAGAGACUGCGUGCUGUGGACGCACGAGACAGGGAACUGAUACGAGAAUUGUGCCUCAACCAGUACCGACACGAUAACAUAGUGCCGUUGUACGGGUACAGCUAUGGAGGUGCGGAAGUCUGCCUGGUCUACCAGUUAAUGUGCGGUGGCACGUUAGAUCAAAGGCUGCGCAGGAAAAUGAACAUCGCCCCUCUCACGUGGUCGCAAAGGCACAGGAUCGCGCACGGUGUUGCUAGAGGCCUCCAAUUCCUUCACACUAUGUCUGGUACACCACUUAUUCACGGGGACAUUAAGCCCGCAAAUAUAUUACUGGACCAAUGCCUUAUACCCAAGAUUGGAGACUUCGGAUUGGCGAGAAAAGGACCUUAUGGCGACAACAGGUCGCAUGUUAAAGUGUCAAGAGUGCACGGCACCCGUCCGUACUUGCCCGACGAGUACAUCCGAUCGGGCUGUCUCUCUCCCGCAGUAGACGUGUUCAGUUACGGGGUCGUAAUGCUAGAAAUAGCCACUUGCCUCAAGCCCAUAGACAACACGAGGUCUAUUCAACGCCUCACGGAUUUCAUGAGGAUCGAAACGGACAGAGCUAUGGAUACAGCCAUAUACGAAGACCCUGCUCUUCAAGGAACUCCAAACUCCAACCCUCAAGUGUGCCGAGAUUUCAUAGACAUUGGAAUACAUUGCACAAAGUAUGCCAGACAUGAAAGACCCAAUAUGCUAGAAGUUUACAAGAAAUUAAACGGUAUGAUAGUACCCGGGAAACCAGCUAUGCAAUAAUCGGUAUGUAUGAUACUUUAUUCUUGAAAAAUUUAUCGAUUAAAAUCAUCUUAAACGAUGCUUUUGUCAUUAGGUCAAAGUCGUUACAGGUUAGUAUCGUUUGCAGAAUAUCGUUGUUAAGUUAAGAUAUGUCAUAUUAAUAUGCAAGCGAUAUAUCAGCCUAAAGUGGCAGCCUAAUGAAUUUCUUU